UACACUACAGCGAAAAGGCCGCAUUGGCACCGCGAGUUUGUGCAAUCGUAUCGUGCAAUAGCGUGCAACAGAGCGCCGGCGGAUUUGGGUCGCGUCGUUGCGCAUUGGCGACGACGCACACCGAACCAGGAAGUCGUUGUAUUUACGUGAUUUUUUGUUUUGUAUUCUCUUUUUGCACUUGAAGGAAAGCGAAGGGAGAAGGAGUGAUGUCAGCGGUGUAGCAUGACUCAACCCCGGGGAUGCGUGCAAUCAUCGCUGACUGUCUUGUUGGAGAUACACCGCCGCGGAACGCAAAGCACUCCCCGUUUCCGUGCCUCUCCGUGCGGCUGACAACUUCCAGUACGAUAGUGGAAUUCACAAAUGCACAAAGAACUUAACUCAACUUUAAGAAGAGUUUUUGCAACGAAUGUUUGAAAAUAGUACCCGACAUUUGAACUUAAAUGUAGUCUUCACAGUCAUAUUUGGAUGGUUGGUUAAAAACUUUUCCUUCGCUUCUUGAUGCCCGUCAUGAAUGAACCCGCCCCGCAAAAACCAGGCGCUAAACGAACGGGAAAGCGGAUAACAUUUUUCACAGAACAAGCUAUGAAGGAGGCAUCCCAACACCAGCAGGACUACUAUCUCCAAACCGGGAACGCUGUGGAUCCUGGGCAAAGCGAAGCCGUGAAUACAGCAAACUCUAACACAGACGGACACAAUAUGUAUUUAAAUUCGGUUAUUUUUAGCCCAGAUAAAGGAGAUCAAAGCAGGGGAGGGCAUUAUCAACAAACUGUGCCGAUGAAGUGGUCGCAACAAGAAGCAAUGCAGCAACAACAGCAGCAGCAGAGGCAAGCAGCUUGGACUAACAGCAUGGCUAACUGGACGUCCAACUACGCAAAUUUUAUGGGAGAUACGAGGAGCCAGGUGGGGUUUGUAAAGUCAAUGCAAGAACAGCAACAACAGCAACCCCCUCUAACAAAUCCCACGUCCACUCAGCCCCCUUCCCAAUCAUUUCAGAACACGUUAAAACCAGGAACGCUUAGCCAGCAACAACAGCAACAACAACAACAACAUGGCAAUGCUAGCAGUAGUAGUUCAGUCUUGCAGCCUUUCCAGUUAGCAUUCGGACAGCCUAAAACGCAUCUCUCGUCAUUUUACCCAGCGUUUCAAGGGAAUCGGACUACUUCAGCUCUUCCCAACCCUCCUAGUUAUCAGAGCAAAGCGCCUAACGUUUUGCCGCACAAUCCAGUGCAAAUAAUACAAAGCCAGAGUUCGACGCAACAACAAUUGGUGCACGAACAAAGGUUGAACUUGCAGCAGUUGCCGCAUCAGCGUUUGAACCAACAAAACAUGCAUGACUUUUUCCCCUCAGCUCAGCAGCCUGUAGUCGUGCACUCGAAUGAAUCCACUCUCCCAGCUCCCCCGAAAAUCCCAGAACCGAUAAUUCAAGAUAUAACACCUGAACCGCAACAACAAACCAUAGAUCUGCUACACCAAAUUCAACCAAGUGAACCGACAUCGCCGCAGCUGUCACUGAGGAGAUCGCGGCGGUUGUCGAAAGAGGGAGGAGCCCCGAGCUUGGAAAAUCCGUUCCUGGUUUCUUCGUUGUCGGCUUCUUUUCCGGAUCAGGGCACCCAAAUCCAAAACGGAGCACCCACAGGCGUCAUUCAGAGCACCCGGAGGAAGAGGAGGGUGUCACAGGAAGUUAACUUAGAGACGCUGGCGCAGAAGGCUUCAGAGAUGGAGUCGCUGCCGUCCAACUUUGUGAAGGACCCUCACAGACCCUGGAGUCCUGCAGAGGAGGGUCUAAACUCAAAGCGUUCCAGAGACGAAGGCCUAGUCCCUCUUGUGAUCCCAGUCUCAGUCCCGGUCCGAAGACCUGAGUCAUCCCCAGAGUCCAGAGAAGAGCCAGCUCUGGUCUCAGCCUGGAGCCGAGACCUGGGCAGACUGGAUCACAAGCCCUCGGUGAUAGUGACCCGCAGGAGGUCGCUCAGGAACUCUCUUUCAGACAACUCAGAACAGAAUGGAGGAGUCGGGGACAGCUCUCAGGACGACGACCCUAAAAAGUCCAAACGCCGCCCACGCCCCGAGCCACUCUUCAUCCCUCCACCCAAACCCACUCUGUUCAUCGCUCCACCCGUUUACUCCUCCAUCACUCCGUACCAGUCCCACCUGCGCUCCCCUGUUCGCCUGGCCGAUAACCCCCUGGCCAUGCCCCCCUACACACCUCCCCCCAUCCUCAGCCCUGUCAGGGAGGGAUCAGGCCUCUACUUCACCACCUUCCUCUCCUCCACCUCUGCCAGCGUCCAGGGAAUACCGCCCGCAACGCCCAAGUCCGCGAGGAGUCUGCUGCGUUCCAACAGCUCAGACAUAACUCCUCCAGUUUUAACGUCCAUCGGAGAGGCCACGCCCGUCAGCCUUGAACCUCGCAUAAACAUCGGGUCACGUUACCAGGCAGAGAUCCCAGAGCUAAGGUCAAGGAAUGCAGUGGAUCAGGACCAACACAAGGCGGCAUUGGUCUGGGCUCCACUUAAAGAGGAAGAGAACAACAGCUAUCAACAGAAAGUUCAGGACCUGAUGCACUUGGCCUGCUCCAGUGUCUUCUCUGGGGGAGGAACCAAUCAGGAGCUGGCCCAUCACUGUCUGUUCCAGUGCAAAGGAGAUGUGCUGGCUGCUUUGUCAUUGAUGAUGUUGAGAAAUCCAAUUUUCCCAAAGUCGCAUCAUUUGUCCAACUACCACUACUCAGGGUCUGAUAACUGGAGCGCUGCAGAGAGACGACAGUUCAACAAAGGCAUCACCGCUCACAAAAAGGACUUCUUUAUGGUCCAGAAACAGGUUUGCACUAAGACGGUGGCGCAGUGUGUGGAGUUUUAUUACACGUUUAAGAAACAGGUGAAGAUUGGGAGGAAUGGGGUUCUGCUGUAUGGAGAGACUGAACCAGAAAUGAGGAUCGCAGAGGACGAAGUGGACCCCAAGGGCUCCCAGCGACUUGAGGAGGACAGCAGGAAGUGGGAGGGGUCAGCUGACAGGAAACAGGAAGUCACCCACACAUAUCGGCCCACGGACAACAACCCCGGAAGCGUUGUGAUCAUGCAGACCCUGGAGGAGCGCCCCUUCCCCCGGGUCUCGCUCCCUCCUCUGCCCCAUCCUCUAGUCUCCAAACCUCGGUACGAUCCACAGCCACGAAAACCCAGCCCCAACACUGGCCACAAGGGGGCAGCAGCGGCGGCGCAGGAGGGAGAAUUCCCCUGUAAGAAGUGUGGCAGGAUCUUCUAUAAAGUGAAGAGCCGCAGCGCACACAUGAAGAGCCACGCGGAGCAGGAGAAGAAAGCAGCAGCUCAGAGACAGAGAGAGGCCGAGGAGAGGCAGAGGUUAGCCACCGCCGCUCUGCUGGCUCAACAGCACAACGGCACACAGCAACAGACGGGGGACGACAGCACCAACGACGAGUCUACAGACGGAGAGGACCACGACGACCGUGACUGGCACUGAGAGAAAUCAGUCUAUAACAGGAGGAUGUAAAAUCAGACUAUGAAAGGAGGAUGGGAAAUCAGAACCAGACUAUAAAGGGAGCACAGAAAUAGAUUGUGGAAAGACGACAAGAACCAGACUAUUAAAGGAGCACAGAAAUCAGAUUAUAACAGGAGGACUGGAAAUCAGACUCUGAAAGGAGGACAGAAAUCAGACUAUAAAAGGAGGAACUGAACUGAACGAGGGAGGAGGGUUCAAAAGAGGAGACAUUUAAGAGCUUGUACAUUCAGAGGAGCAACGAAAGAAAGACACUUCCCUUUGAAAAAAACAAAUCUGAGAAACGUGAAACGCACGUAAGAGAGAGACCGGGUUCCUGCAUAGAUUCAAUAUUAGACACAGCUUAUUACUACUGUUCAGAUCAAUAACACUGAAACUGAGACUCAUGACCAGAUUACACAGUUUUAGGAGAGAAAAUGGAACAUUUUAUGGUUCCAACAAAAAUGGGCUAAAUUAUACUAGUUCCAAAGAAGCAAAGAUUUUUAAAAAGGUAGCAGUGUCCUCUAAAUAAAUUAUAUUUGUAUAUAUUUUUAUAUAAAACUUAUAACUCAUACAUACACACACACAUUCAUUUAACUUGGACAGGCAGGUGUAGCUGUAGUAUAGCAAUAAUUCAUAGUGUUCUAUUAUUAUUAAAUAUUAUUUUGAAUACAUUGUUGGGGUCCAUAUAAAAAUGGUGUACGGAGAUUUAUGAUGUAAAGUAGAGCUGUAAUGUAAUGCCUUAAUUAAACAAUGAUAAAAAAAUCACGUUCUUUUCUGAUGUUGGAUGCUACAAAUAAAAAGAAAAUGUAUUUUAUUGAAGUGCAUUUAUGUUAUUGUAGAUUUAACUUGGACACAUUUUCAUGAUUAAGAGUGAGAGCAGGUGAAUGCUGUUCCUUUGUUCAUAAAUAUUUCAUGUCCCGCUCUAUUAAAGCUCUUUAUAUUGAAUUGUGCAGGAGCCCUGGUCUGGGACUAUUUGGUGAGAGUUGAUGUAUUUUCCCCUUUACUCAGAAUCUUAAAUGUUACCUCCUCCUCUUACAGGGCUCUCUCCAACUAAAACAAAAAUCAGAAUAAGCCAUGACUCCUGAUCUCUCUUCCUCCACUCCUCCUCUCUCUUUCUCUUUUUCUUCUCUCUUCCUUUCUCUCCUCUUUUACCCAUCCUCCACGCCUCCUCUUUCUCUACUUUUUCCUUUUUUUCUACUCCACUUCCUCUUCACUCCUGUGUCUCCUCCACUCCUCAGUUCUUCCUCCUCUUCCUUUUCUGCUCCUCCCCUCCUCUCUCUUUAUCUUCUCUACUCCUCUUCCUCCUCCUCUUUCCUCCUCCUCUUUCCUCCUCCUCUCCUAAGAAGCACUUUGGUCAUUUUCGCUUCACGCCACGGACUACCAAGAAUCCUUUAAACUUUUCAAAUAUUUGAGCCACGAUUUUGCUUCUUUUUUUUUUUUGCUCUUUGGGGCUGGAAACAUUGAUACAAAACUGGACAUUUAUUUGGGAGCAGUUUUUUGCAAAAUUCGUGUCCAACUUCGCGCAUGUUUAUUGUCAAAUGUUCAAUGCUUUUUUAAACCUUUCUAUCUAAGACAAUCAAUUUUACACUGUUUUUAUAGACUAUUUGAGCUUGUGUUGCGUUAUGGUUAUGUGAAAUUUCAAUGUUUAUUACUGCAUAUUGUUAUUGUUAUUCUAUUAAUAUUAUAUUCUAUGUUAUGGCUGCGAUUUGCAGGUUUAUUUAAGCAGAAAUAGUGUGUUUUGCUGCCUGUUAAUUACUGUGACUUUUACAUGAAGAAAUGUCAGGUUGUACAAUGUGCAAUAGAACAAAAUCUCCUCAAAUCCACUUUAACAGUCCAAGGUUUCUGUGUAAUAAUUUGGACUAAUGAGCCGCAAUGAAUAGAUAGAGUAGAACAAUAUAUAUGUAAAAAUAUAGGGAAUUAGAGAUAUAAAGUAUUGGAUAGUUUGGCAACUUUGGAGUUCUACAUUACACAAAAUUGACUGUUAUGAGCUUUAAGCAAUGUUAGAAUAUUGUUACCUCAUCAAAAACAGACCAGGAGUUGUGACACAUGUUUGAGUGACACUUUAUUAUUAGUCUUUCUACAUGUCACAAGCUCAAAAUGCUCUGUUCCACCUUGUGAUGUCAUGAAUCAGUACUCUUCAAGUUAACGACUACCUUUUACUUUUAUUUAAGUAGAGAUUUGCAAUUCCAGGGCUGAAAUGAUCCAAAUGAUUCUAGUGAAGGUGUGUGGAAAUUUAAAAACACAGUGGAGCACUUACUGUAUUACCACAUGAUGACAUCACAAGGGGAUGGACAUGAGAGUAACUCCAAAGUUGCUAUACGAUACACCGGGCUUGUUAUCUCUUUUGAUAUGAGUGUGUAAAUAUAUCGGGAAUCCUAUCACACGUGUUGAGUUCAGAUUGGAACUCAUGGUUUUAAAGUUUUAGCAUCUCAAACAAAUAUUUAGAUAUUAUUAUUAUUAUUACAUUAUAUUUUAUCAAAUUGUAUAUUUAAAGUUGCAAAAUUGAAUAUGGUGAAUACUGCUCUUGUUUAUUACACCCGGCAACCAAUCAGAAAGCAAGAAAUUACACAUAAGGUUAGAUGGAGACAUAUACUUUAUUAAGGUUUCCCAUUUUCCCAAUAUUAAUUUUUCCCAAAAUAAAAAGUAUUGUUAGUUUGAAAGGUUGCUCAGGGCUAAUCAUCUUUAUGGUAACUAAUGACCACAAGACCUAUUAUUUUAAUGAAUCUGUUUUUGUUACCUCAUAGCUGAUUAGCCUCCCUCAGGAUUUUAAACUCUUAAUUUAAUACACCGCUUUGUAUGAAAAUUCUAUGGGAGACACUUACGGGAAAAUGUACUUCCAGGACAUCAAUCUUCCUAUGUUAAAGUUCCACUAUGUAACAUUUAAAACUUUUCCAUGGUAGUUUUUGUGCAGUUGAAUGUCUUUUUCUUAACCAGACAAAUUUGACUACUUGCCUUCAGUAUUACACAGUAGAUUAUUCCCAAGUGUAAAGCAAUAACUCAUUCUUAUCAGUUCUUCUUUCUGAUUGGUUAUUGAACAUUCAAAAUCAAAUCCAUUAAAGGUCCUGUAUUACACAAAAUGGAUUCUGCCCUUUAACCCAUGGUAGAAUGUUGUUACCUCCUCAAAAACAGACCUGGAGUUGUGUUUUGUUUCAUUCACACAUGUUUCAGUAACUCUUUAUAAUUAGUCUGUCUACAUCUCUAAACCUCAAAAUGCUCUGUUCCACCUUGUGAUGUCAUGAAGUGGUCAUUUUCAAGUAAACACCUAUGUUUUGUUUAGUAGAGUUUGUCAAUUCUGGUGCUGAAAUGAUCCAAAUGAUUCUAGUGAAGGUGUAUGGAGUUUAAAAACACAGUGGAGCACUUCCUGUUUUACCACAUGAUGACGUCACAAGGUGGAACAAUGGAACUCAGGUGGAUCUCAGCUUACAUAUGCAGGGUUUGUGUGUUAAACAGCAGUAAAUGAAUCAAAACUAAACUCAGUAUCAAUGUUUUUGAUGACGAAACAACAUUUGAAUAAUAAAAAUCUGAAAACCGUAAUAUGGGCCUUUAACUGUCAGUACAAACCUGGGCCUAUGCAGUGACUGUGGACUCUGUUAUCAACUGUUGUGUGCAUGUUUCUGGACAAAUAGUUUCCUUCGCUUGAACUGUACCCAUUCUGUUUUUAUUUAUAUAUUGACACUUAUUUUUCAAGGGGAAUUGUCAUGAAAGACUGCGUCGGUUAAGGGAACUCUUGUGAAAAGUUAAUUAUUCUUUAGCUAAAGUGAGAUUUCUAUUGACUGAAUUGUUUCUAUGAUAUUUUCGUAUACUGGGGUCAAACUAAUGGAGAAUAGACAGGCUUUUUACAAUGUAACUUAUUGUUUUUGUUUUUUAUCACCUGAACGUGUUUAGUAACGACUUAUGAAGCACUGU